CCUAGCUAUUUAAUUUCAUACGCUUCUGCUGUCGACUUAUUCUCAGGUUUCGGUCGUACCAAAUGUUUCAUAGAACAUCGGAUAUCUAUCCUCCUUUUUCUUUCCCGUUUCAUUCUCCUGUAGGCUUGCUAAAUAUAAAAAAACAGCUGAUACGACUCAUUAGCUGAUGACGUUCUGCAGUGCUGUUGUUGUUUAUGUUACAGUACGUUUAUUUGAAUGUUUUAUUGAAAUUUGUAAUGACGAAUUGGACGACGGAAAUACGUUCCUGAACAAAGUUAGUGAGGAACAAAGUAGGCCUAGCAUUUCAAAUAUUAUUCAGUAUGAACAUCGAUCCUGUAUUUGAUUCCGGUUCGGAAGGAGAAUUUGAAGAUAACGUUGAUGCAGACCCAGAUUUUGAGGUUACUGGUAUUGACUAUAGAAGUGAAUCGUGUAGUGAUGUUGAUAUUGACAUUUAUGAAAACCCUCAGCCUUCAACAAGUUCCAAAUUAGACUACAGUAGUGAGUAUCUAGGAUUUAAGCCUAGGCCUAAUAAGAAAAGAAAAACAUUAAACCGAACUGUUGAUUUAGACCUAAGUUUAGAUGAAGUUGACCUUAGGGCUCAAGCUAGUAAUCCUAGGCCUCCAGAUGUUAGGCCUAGUGAUUUUGAAGAUGAUCAGCCUCCCACACCAAUUGAAAUUGAACAAAAUAAAGACAAGGAUAGUGGUGAUAGGCCAAACAAAAGGAAAAGUAAGAAACAAGCAUCCACAGAUGAAGAACUAGAGUGGACUUCAGUAGAUAAACCUCCACUACUCCCAGUUUUUGAUGAGCUAAGUGGCAUCACUGCUGCCGUUGAUGAGUCAUCUACUCCAUUUCAGAUUUUUUCAUUAUUCUUUCCUGAAUCUAUGAUAAAGUUGUUCAAAUCAGAAACAAAUAAAUAUGCUAAAUCCAUAACAGAUAAAUUGAAAGGAACGAACAAGCUGAAGAAAAAUAGUUUAUGGGGGAAAUGGGUGACAGUAAAGUUACAUGAAAUUUAUCAAUUCUUUUCAAUAAUUUUUCACAUGUGCGUUGUAAAGAAACCUAAAUUGAGAGACUAUUGGUCAACUGACAGUUUUAUGAAAACUUCUUAUGCUGCCUCUGUAAUGCCAAGGGACUGAUUUUUUGCUAUUUUAGCAAACUUUCACAUAAAUGAUAAUUCAACCUACAUCCCAUACAAUGUUCCCGGCCAUGACCCCAUGCACAAAAUAAGUCCAUAUAUUGAACAUCUGCUUGCUAAUUUCCCUAAGUAUUUCUCUCCAUACGAAAACUUAACUGUUGAUGAAGAAAACUUGUGGUUUUAGAGGUAAGAUCAGAUUUAGAGUGUAUAACAAAUGUAAACCAGAUGGUAUGAAGUUGUAUAUUGUUUGCGACUCUUCAACCGGUUAUGUUUUGAACUUUGAAGUUUAUACUGGCUAGUCUGAUGACAAUACUGUUGUCAGUCUUUAUUCAAGACUUCUUUCCAAGUAUUUGAACAAAGGUCACACCGUCUACAAUGACAGAUUCUACACAUCACCGAUUCUCUUUGAUUUUUUAUGGGAUAAAAAAACUAAAGCGGUCGGUACACGUAUGGCCAAAAGGAAACAACUGCCAAAAACUGUCACAAAAAGAAACUCAAGACUGAUGAAACUGUUUUUAAGAGGCGAAAUCAUCUCUUUUGUAUGAAGUGGAGAGACAAAAGAGAUAUCCUGGCUUUGUCUUCCAUCCAUAAGAUGACUUCAUCAGAUGUCGUGGUUUGUGGAAAACAAGGAAGAGGCUCCAACUACUGCAAAAUCAAACAGACUCACUGGCCGUCACUUUCCGGACAAAAUUCCAGCCACCGAGAAAAAAGCGCAGCCGACAAGAUUGUGCAAGGUGUGCUCAGCUAAAUCAAAAGUUGAAGCUGGAAAAACCGGAAGAAAAGAAACUUCUUGGUGGUGUCCUGAUUGUUCAACACCUUUAUGCGUGCCUCACUGUUUCAAGCUCUUCCACACCAAAGGCAACUAUGCAUAGACUCAAAAGACUGUCAUGUUUUCUUCUAAUCUUCC